CAGAAUUGAAUCCACCCGUCGAUGAGUGAACGUUAAACCGGUUUUUCUUUUCCAAUGUCUGUAGCUUGUCUGUUAACACAUGAAUAAACUAUUGCGCACCACUUGAUAGUAGAUGAAAAGAGAAAUCGUCGAAAUAAAACUGUUGAACUUUUAAUUUCCUGGUAUAUUCGAAAAAGUGAAAUUCCACGAACAAGUGAUCGAAACAAAGUGAACUGUCAACAUCACCGUCACGAAAAUAACUCUGGCGAAUCGCUUCAUACAGCAUCCAUUAGGAAAUAUAAAAAUAAGAUAGAAGAGAGUUUUAUUUAAUAAUCGAGUGAAGGUAUAGGGAAAGAAUAACGAAAGAGUCCUGAAAGGAAAGUUAAAUUCUAUGACAGGAUAAUCGUCACCUCGCGUGUAGCAAAAAUGGCCGAGUCUAAGGAGCAACCAAUCAGAAGAGAGCACGAUUCGAUGGACGAUUUUGAGCAUCUCGAACAUGUCCAGGAUGGACAGUCGUCGAGCCACCUUGAACCUUACAGAGAGGAAGUGCGGGACAAUAUGGAAGAAAAUUUCGAUAUGGAUAAGGACAUGAUCAAUUUCUCCCUUAAUCAGUCUGCAAUCGAUUCUGAGGAUUCCAAAAAAGCAACAUUGUUAUUAUUAGACGCGGAAAAAGGUAAACCGGUCGAAGGGAAUAACUUUGAGGUUAGAAUGAAGGAAUCGAAGCCUGAUUUGUUGACGGGUAACAUUGAGGACCAAUCGGAAGUUAUGAGUGUUCAGUCACCUAGCAGGAAGGAAGAAAUUUUAGAGAAAAAAGAAGAAGCGGUUAAGGAACCAGAAAUCAUUUCUUCUGUGGAGAAAAAGACAGACGAUUCAUGGAGUGUACCGGAGAAACCUCAGCCUGUUUUACAGGAGCCUCAACAUCUCGUUUUUCAGAAACCUCAACCUGUUUCAGAAAAGCCGCAACCCGCUCCAAGAGAAGAGACAAAAAUUGAAAGUGUGAGUGAAUACUUGGUCUCCGACACGGAGAAAAAGGAACGAACCAGUGCCCCAGAAACCGGCGAGUCUGAAUUUGAAUCGGAACCAGAAGCAUCACCGGUGAAAAGUUUGAAGCCGGUAAAACAGGAAGCGAGACGAGAAAGAGUAGAGGAUGUCGAGAUCGCACCCAAAGAAAUAUUCCGCAGCAUGGGAAUCGACGCAUGGUUUAAUCCCGAAAGACUGAAUCCAAAAGUGGCAGCCUUAAUCUACUGGCGCGACCCAAAGAAAUCAGGCGCUGCUUUUGGGUGCAUACUGGGUGUGCUCCUCUCGCUGGCCUACUUCAGCCUGAUUAGCGUCCUUGCGUAUUUGUCGCUUCUCGUUCUCACCGGCACAAUCGCGUUCAGGAUCUACAAGACGGUUCUUCAAGCAGUCCAGAAGACCUCCGAUGGCCAUCCCUUCAAGGACAUUUUGGAGCUGGACUUGACAGUGCCUGCAGAAAAGGUGCAUGAAGUUGCGGACGUGGCCGUUGCACAUGCAAAUGCAGCGGUCAGCGAACUUCGUAGGCUCUUCCUUGUAGAAGACUUCGUUGAUUCCUUGAAGUUCGGCGUCUUACUCUGGUGUCUCACUUAUGUGGGAUCUUGGUUCAAUGGCAUGACUCUCAUAAUAAUCGGGGUAGUUGCUCUUUUCACACUACCGAAAAUUUAUGAGACAAACAAGGCACAAAUUGAUCAGAACCUCGCCCUGGUGCAUGGCAAGAUCAAUGAGCUCACCACAAAGGUGAAAGCUGCGAUACCUCUUGGUAAAAAGGAGGCAGCGAAGGAAGAAUAAAUUCGAAAAUACACCACCACGCGGGGGCAAAGAACUUGAGCGAACUUGUCGGGUAACUGAGGAUCCACGCAGAAAUGACGAGGGAGAAAGUUAAUGAGAUGAUGCUGAAAAAGAAACAAUUGAGGAAAAAAGUAAAAUACGAAUGAAAGAUAAAAUGUUGAACGCAAGGAUAGCGUACCAAUGAAUGAGAAUGAUAUAAAAAAAAAAGUUCUUAGAGCAUUAAGGGUUAAAUGAAUAUGAAGUAACAAUUUUUUUUUUUUAAUUUUUGGACUUGUCGCAUAUGAACGAAUUAUAUAACUAGCUGCAAUACAAGCACUGAAGAAAACGUAUAUAAAGAGAGAAAAGGCGGAAAAAUCACCGAAUAGAAAUUAUUGCUAAAACGAUAAACAGAAGAAACGACUAAAAGCCAAGUUAAAAACAAUUUCAAUAGCCCAGAAGGACAACGAAAGGAUCGUCAAAGUGUGUGUAGGGGAAGAGUCUUUUCUUAAUACUUAGACUAUGGCAGAUGGACUUUGUUGACCGAUGAUGUCGUAACGCAAAUUUUCCUUUUCCGGACCUGCACAGUGUCCCUAUUGAUGGAAAUAAACGGAAAGAAGUAACAUUUAGCGAUUACGUUAAUUCGUUGCGACACGAGAGGUGAUGGAGUCUUUUGGUGUACUCUAUACAAAACCCAUGAACGGUGCAAUGCGUGUGUGUCUCUUAGGGGAUUUCCCGGUUUUUCUUCCCUUCUUUGUUUUUUUCCUCGCACUCUCCUACACCAGUCCGAACUGAUUCUUCAUCCUCAGAGGUUAGGAUAUGCGGCCCCAUUAAAAUCAGUAGUCAUUCAUUUUCAAAAAAUUUAUUCAUUUUAUGAUAGGAAUAUAUCAAUCAAGUAUUCCCUGGUAGAAAAAUGACGAGAGCUGCUUCUCUUUUUAGUCUUCAACAAAUUUACUUUUUAAUUUAUAGUUUUCGAUCAUUUUCAAUUUUCGAUUCUUCGAGAAUGCAUUUUUAAAUUGUAUUCUACAAAAUUUUCUGGAUAAAGAAAAAUUAUUUAAAAAGUAAUAAGAUAUUGUUAUGCUGUCACGUUUCAAUUGUUAUGAAGGAAAUAAUAAUGCAGAUAGCUCGAAAAGGAGUGGCUAGUCAUUUUUAUUUUUAAUCAAAUUUUUUUUGCUUUUGAAAAUCUAAUUUUGUUAGGGGAAACUGAUCUAAAAUAAUCAUAGACUUCGUCUCUUUAUGUUAUAAUAUUUUUAAAUGGAGUUACGAAGUACUGGGUAAUAUUUGUACAAUAACAAGAAACUUAGCGAAUUACAGAGUCUAAAUUGGCUCUCGUUCCUUAUUUCUACUGAAGAUAUAUCUUUUUAUAAAAUUCUGUUGUUUUCUUUAACAUGUCAUGUUAGGUUAGUUUCCUGAGUUUUUGUUAUUAAAUACAUUUUCAUCUUCUUCAGAUGUAUAUAAAUAUGCAUACUAUUUUUUGUUAUUUGUUUGUACUUUUAAACUAUGAUUAAACUAAAACACGGAUCCGUAUAAGGAAAAAGAUCAUAAAAAAUCUACUAAAUAAAUUUUUAUUUGUUAACGAGAAAAUCUGAAACAAAUAAUUUCUCUACACUUGCAUAGGUUUACCUAAAUGACGAGUUAAUGUUAUUUAUCUUUUUGUAGCUUCUCAAGUAUUUUCACUAUUUCAAUUGCGUUUAGUAUCAUCUUUCCAAAACUUUUAUAAAACGUGUUGUCACAGUUUAAGAUAUAUAAUAUUAUUUUUGUUUACCUAAUGUAAAGAAUGUUUCCUACUGAGAAAAACAUAAAUUAUUAAGAAAUAAGACUUAUUGAAAAAUAUAUGUUACGUAAGUUUUAUCAAUUGUUCAAACAAAAACCUCUCGCCCCUUUUUGUAAUGUUAAAUGUUUCAUAAAGACGAGUAAAGAGGUCAACAGUUAACCCUAAUAAUCAAUUAUGGUAAUUAAGAUAAAUUUUGUUUUACGCAAAUUGAUUGCCUUAAAAAUUAAAAUUCUGUUUCGAAUGGAAAGAGUAUGUAUAUGAGAAUGAAAAAGAAGAGGAGUGACAGAGAAAAAGAGAGUGAGCCUAAAAUUUGAAUUUUUUUUUAUAGUUUUAUAUAGUACCGUUUAUAGAACAAUUUAUUCUGUUAUGAAGUUAAAUUCUAUCUCGUUGAUUGAUGGAAAGAGUACAAGUUGUUGUUUUGAAGAAAUUUAAAUCUCAUUAAAAAAAUAAACAUCCGCGAAAAUAUUUGUUCCUAAAUUUUUGUCUUGUUUUUAUUAAAUACACUAUUGUGUUUAUUAUCAGUUGAAAGUAUUCUUUGUUGACACCACGACCGUUUUAUCACUGUAGUUGUGCUUUAUCGAAUAGUUUCAUUGGUUGUGAAUUUGUUCUAUAUUAAUAUUACAAGAGCAUUACAAUCUCGAUCAAAGAAUGACAAAAUUUUUUGAAAAUUGAGUAUUUUGACUACUUUAGUGGGCCUGCAUAUCAAUCGAUCCCUUGAUCAUCGAUCAUUAACAUUUUUUCAAAGAGAAUGACUGAGAAAAAGUGUGUAAGCUCUGUAUGUGUGUGAAUAAAAAUGGCGCCGUUUGUUUUUUCUUCGGCGUUUUCGAAGAUUUUUUCUUCGACUAAUGCAAUUAUCGCUAUCACAUUACUAAAUGUAACUAUAUGGUUAAACAUUACGAUGGAAAGUUGUUGGCUGAAUUACAAGUUUUUAUUACAAUAAUAUCGUUCCAAGUAAAUCGAUGUUGGUACUGAUAUUCCGUUCCGAAUUUCUUAAAUCGUGUUUCAUCGUAGAAUAUGUAUUCAAUUCGAAUACAAAUUUGAAGUAUUCUUAUAAUACGUAAUUCAAAGUACUCUGUAGCGUACAACGUAUAAUAUAUUUCAAAAAUUGAAUUCUUUAAAAUUUCUUUGAUUGGCAUAAACGUGUAUUCGCCACUUGUUUACGAUGACACGGUUUAAUAGAAUCUGAAUGAAAUUUUAUCGGAUCCCAUCGUCGUUCUUUACUUAAAAAAAUAUGGCGUCCGAAAAGAGACGACAGUGGUAGGAAUAAAUGGCAUGCAAAAUGGCUAGAGAGAGACCGAAGGAGAAGUCUCGGAAUAUGACUUGUAUCACGCGUAUCGCUUAUUGACGUUUUCAUUAUUGCAUCUGCAUCCGCACGAUUAAUUUAUAAAUAAAUUAUAUUAAAUAAGACACCGAA